CUCAUUGCUAAGUUUCAAUUUUUUUUCUUUCUAUUAAUUAAAGUAUUGCAAGCUUUGUGCUUGAGUAAAAAAAAUAAUAAUUCUUCCUGAACACUGAUAUUUUUAAAAUAUAACCUAGAUUUUAUUCCAGGAAGUAUAAAGCACUUGACAAACUUAAACUGGCUACAGUCAUCUAACCUCAGUAAAGAGAAAGAGGUCUUGUAAUGGGCGGACGCCAUUAUUGUCUCCUAAAAAUCAGACAAAACCAUCUAACGAUGGACCCCCGUUACUGUGCCCAGGAUGUAUUGCGAUGUGACCUGUGUGAGACCGAAGUGGUACAGAUGCACUGUGAUACAUGUCUUGUCAACCUGUGUACAGCUUGUGUAGGGAAACACAUGGUAUCUGAUCAAUCCAAAAAACAUGAAGUUGUCCCAUUUAAGCUUAGAAAAUCCACUCCCCUUUACCCUGGAUGUACAACUCAUAGCAAAAAAAGAUGUGAAAUGUACUGUAAACAAUGUGACAUUCCUGUUUGCAACACUUGCAUUGCAUCUCAUCAACAUCUAGGUCAUAAAUUUAUAACACUUUUGCAAAUUCUGGAUGAAAAAAAGAACAAAAUAUCCAAAGAACAUACCGAACUGAAAGAGACAAUUUACCCCACCUACCAGGACAUUGCCUCUGAUGUACAAAACAGAAUGAGUCAGUUAGAAAUGGAAUAUGGAGAUCUCUCAACAACCAUAACAAAAUAUGGAGAGGACUGGCACAGAGAAAUUGACAAACUUGUCAAGAAACUUAAAGCUGAAGUUGAUGAGAUGAAAAACACACAGAUACAAACUCUACAGAAACAUCUGGAUGAAAUAAACAAGACAAUGUCUGACAUCAAGGAUGAAAUUGAUGCAGUUGAAAUUGCUAUAAACUCUAAUGACUUGUCUAAACUGUUUGGUGUUAAAUUCAGUGUAGACAGGUACAAAACGCUUCCACAAAAAAUUGUGCCAUCUACACCUAAAUUCAUGCCAGGAAAAAUUCAAGCAAAAGAUUUUCAGGAAAAGUUUGGAGCUUUAACGUUUAGUUCUCUCACUUCAGAUGAACAAUCUUACAGUAUGAAGUUUUCACAACCAGAACCAGAGACUGUCACCACCAUAGACACUGGGUAUGGAUUCCUGUUCAAUGUGGUCUGUCUGAGUGAUGAAGAAAUCUGGACAAGUGGAUAUGACAGCACCAUGAAACUCUACAGCAUCAAUCAGGGAUCACUACUAAAGUCAAUCACAACCAAGUCAGGGAACGAACCAGAAGACAUAGCAGUGACAAAAAGUGGAGAUCUAGUUUAUUCUGAUUACAAUGAUAGAACUGUGAACAUUGUGAAGAGUGAGAAGAUAGAGGAGGUGAUCAGACUACAGAACUGGAGACCUCGUGGUGUCUGUAGUACCUCCUCUGGUGACCUCCUGGUUAUCAUGUACAGUGAUGAAUACAAUCAAACAAAAGUUGUCCGUUACUCUGGCUCCACAGAGAAACAAACCAUUCAGUUUGAUGAUAAAGGUAAAUCUCUCUAUUCAUCUGAUAACAGAUACAUAACUGAGAACAGGAACCUGGAUAUCUGUGUGUCUGACAGUGGAGCUAAAGCAGUAGUGGUGGUCAAUCAGGCCGGGAAACUGAGAUUCAGGUACACUCGACAUACUCCUGCUCCAAAGAACCAACCAUUCUUUCCACUAGGAAUCACCACAGACAGUCAGAGUCACAUCCUUACAGCUGAUUGUGACAAUGACUGUGUCCACAUCAUAGACCAGGAUGGACAGUUCCUCCAUUACAUAGACUGUGGACUGAGUAAUCCCUGGGGACUGUGUACAGAUACAAAUGAAAAUCUGUUUGUUGCUCUGAAUAGAAACAAACAAGUGAAGAAAAUCAAAUAUCUGAAGUGAAUUCUGCUUAUUUACUGUAUACCAUGUAUAAUGUACUAUAAAAUUUUAAGGAUAAUUUAUCAUGUUUACACAAUUAAGUCAGUGCAUUCACAAAAUAUUGGUCUUUUAUCACUGUUU